GGAGAGAUGCGGAGGGCAUCGUCAUCGCUGCCUUUAUUCUCAGGCAUCAAGGCAUCAACAAGGCACAUGUUUGCACUGUUUGUACGUGGUCCAUGCGUGCUGUUGGAUGCGGUCACGUGAGGCUACGUAUCGGAAGGAGCAGCUGGAGCUUGUGGAAGGAAGCUCACCAAACCAUCAGAACACUACAUCGUCCCUCUUCUCGGCAACUUUUAUUUCGAUUUCCUGUGCUUCUGCAGUAGACAGCUAGUUAUUUGAUAAUAUUCUAGGUCUUUUACCAAGCGUUACAGAACCACUGGUUCUCCGUCACGAUGAGCGGCGCUGGCGACCCCGAGAGGAACCAGGCCAUCGAAGAUUACAAAAAGACACUUUUGGAUCUCCGAGAAUGGGAGGCGAAGCUCAAGUCCUUGCGCAUGGAGAUCAAGGACUCCCAGAAAGAGUACGAUAUAACAGAAGAAAACAUCAAGGCACUGCAAAGUGUUGGUCAGAUCAUCGGCGAAGUUCUCAAACAGCUAGAUGAAGAACGAUUCAUCGUCAAAGCAUCGUCUGGUCCGAGGUACGUCGUUGGGUGUCGUUCUAAAGUCGACAAGUCGAAGCUCAAACAAGGCACGCGUGUUGCUCUUGAUAUGACAACGCUUACGAUCAUGCGAAUGUUACCCCGUGAAGUCGAUCCUUUGGUUUACAACAUGUCACUGGAAGACCCAGGACAGGUCAAUUUUGCUGGAAUCGGUGGUUUGAACGACCAGAUUCGAGAACUGCGAGAAGUCAUUGAGCUACCCUUGAAGAACCCAGAACUUUUUAUGCGAGUCGGUAUCAAGCCGCCAAAGGGUGUCUUAUUGUAUGGCCCUCCAGGCACAGGAAAGACGCUGCUUGCAAGGGCUGUGGCAAGUUCUUUGGAAACUAACUUUUUGAAAGUGGUGUCAUCUGCCAUCGUCGACAAAUACAUCGGUGAAUCGGCACGAUUAAUUCGAGAAAUGUUCGGAUACGCAAAGGAGCACGAACCCUGUAUUAUUUUCAUGGACGAAAUCGAUGCUAUCGGCGGUCGGCGUUUCUCCGAAGGAACUUCAGCGGAUCGUGAAAUUCAACGAACCUUAAUGGAACUACUCAAUCAACUCGAUGGUUUCGACUAUCUUGGAAAGACAAAGAUUAUCAUGGCUACGAAUCGACCUGAUACCCUUGACCCCGCUCUUCUGCGUGCUGGUCGUCUGGACCGGAAGAUCGAAAUUCCUCUUCCUAACGAGGUUGGCCGCUUGGAGAUUCUCAAGAUUCAUGCCAGUACAGUGGUGACAGAGGGCGAAAUUGAUUUUGAGAGUAUAGUGAAGAUGAGUGAUGGCCUCAACGGAGCCGACUUGCGUAACGUUGUGACUGAAGCGUAUGUAUUUCUUCCGUUGAACUUCAGAAUUACUGUUAACAGUUAUUACAGUGGUUUCUUUGCAAUCAAAGAUGAACGUGACUCUAUCAACCAAGACGAUUUCAACAAGGCGGUUCGCAAGGUGGCCGAGGCAAAGAAACUCGAGGGCAAAUUGGAGUACCAGAAACUAUAAGAGACGGAGCCAAUCCCUACGUAUAUGUUUCUUCUUCGUGUAUAAUGGCGAUGCAUGUAAAUUAGAUAGAUGCUAUUGCAAUUUACCUACUGCAUUCCAUG